AGACAACUCAAGUCUCUUCCGAUUUGGAAUUUCUCAAGUGUUGUGUAGACAAGUUCUUUUUCGAUUUGGAAAACGGAAAAUUUAAAUUCGUACUUUUUGCCAAUAAUAGUGUAACGAUGUAAUAGUGUAAUAUCACACAGUUUCGGCUAUCAUAUUAAAGAAAAAGAAAAAUUCAAGCAGCCAUCCAUAAUGAUAACAAAAAGACAAAAAGAUAGAAAUGAAGACGGAAGACAGGGGAAAUGAAACUUCAGCCGAUAGAUUUUUGGAAAAACUUCGAAAUUUCGAGUCUACUUUCAAAGAUAAUAGUGGAGAGAUAUCAUCUUCGGAUGAUUUCAACGAGGACAGUGAAAAUGAUGAAAUGAAGACAGCUAGGGAAGAUUCUGAUUCUUCUAAUGAAGAAUGGAGCGACGCGAAUAAUGUUACGACAAUGAAUAUGUCAUUAGACCAUGAAAAUGGUAUAUCCCAUAUAACCUUGGAAGAACAAUGCAUUUCUACUGAAGAUAAAGAUUCGUUUCCUUCAUUUUCUAAGUUUCCGAAACAAAGAGAGGAAUCGGAACAAAAUAAUUUCUUUUGUGAUAAGGGAAAUGAUAAUUUUUUUAAUGAUUUUUCAAUUACACCUCGAUUAAAACAAGACAAGAUUAAAGGACUAAAAAGGAGAUUAAUAACUGAAUUCACUGCUGAUAUUAAGAAACGAAAAAUUGUAUUCGAUGAAGAGAAAACUGAAAGUCACAUCGAACAUGAAAAUGAAAGUAAGAUACAAGAAAAAGAACGCAAUUUUUCACAAAAUGGUCCGAUUAAAUAUAAACCACAUCCUUCAAGAACACUCAAUAAAAAGUUGAAAUGGAAAAAUAUUAAAUAUAAAAAAAUUACGCAGACAGACAGCUACCUUUCUACCGAUGACGAUGUUGAAAUAUUUCCAAUUCGAGCAAAACGAUCUAAACGUGCAAUCAAUUUUACAAUUUGCCAAUUUCAGGAUCAAAAUGUGGACGAAGAAUUAAAUUAUAUGGCAGACAAUGAAGACUCAAUAGAUGGAUUUUUACAAAUAACACACGAACGAAUUUCAGUAAUCAAAACAUCAUUUUCAUCGAUUAAUUCUGGUUUCGAAAAACGCGCUUCUGAAACCUCUAAUAUGAAUAUUAUAGCAGAACAAUGGUCCAUGAAUUUACCUGAUCGCAUAAGUAGCUCUCGUUCAAGAUGCAGUCGUGCUCCUCCUGGUUUUCCUGAAUUACCACAAAAUCCACCGCUAAUGUCUUACAUUUUUGAUCCGCAAUUCAUACUGUCAUCUUCAAACGAUAAUAAUGAUCCCAAUUCUUUCCAUCCGAAAUCAAUGGCGAUUGUACCACCAGCGCCCCCACCUAUGCGACACCUUUAUUAUGAAUAUCCCGAAUUUAUGGAUCUACCCUCUAUAUGUUAAUUCUCCCAGACUCUUAAUUGAUAUUUACAAUAUGUAAAUUUUUAAUUUAUAUUAUACUUAAAUAAUAUUUAUUAUUUUAAAAAACGAUUAUUACCUGUAAAAAAAGUAUGUUUGUAUAAUUUUAUACAAAUUUCACAAUAAAAA